AUGAAUAAUUUAAAAUUGAUUUCUAUUUUAAUAGCUACUACUGUAAUAGCUUUUACCUCUCUCUAUGCUCUAUAAACAAAUUUUUCAGUUAAAUAAGAAUCUUAACUAAAUUUUGUGAGUUAAAAUAGAUGCUUUGAUGGUGAAUAUGCAUGCUAUUCUAAUAGUCAAUGCUGCUCAGGGAAAUGCAUCAAACCAUCAUCUGAUUAACAAAUGGCUACUUCAUACUGCACUAAAUAUGAACGUCCUGCUUGUGGUCUUCCAAAGGAACAAUGUAGCUCAAAUGGAUAAUGCUGCUCAAAAAAUUGUGUUAUCCCUCCUCCUAUAUAUUCCAUUAAUCCUUAUUGUGCAUGA